AUGAUGACUUUUGUCGUUGGGCUGUUUGCCGGUUAUGUCAUAAGCUCCUUUGUGCUACUACGACGUCCGCAUUUGUUGCACCAAUCAAGAAAUUUUCCCAUACAUGUCCAACAUAUUAGCCACCGUGGUGGUGCCGGUGAACGCAUUGAGAAUUCUAUGGAUGCCUUCCGAAAUGCGGUGGUCAAUGGAACCCAAAUGCUUGAACUGGACUGCCAUUUGACCCGUGAUAAUGAGGUGGUCGUUUUUCAUGAUAGUGAGUUGAUGCGUGCGACUGGAACUGCUGGAUGCGUCGCAGAUUGUGAGUACGGCUCGUUGCCACCGUAUCUGAAUAAAUUGCCUGUUACUUUCGAGCCUGGUAAGCCAAGCAAUCCAAUAUAUUUCCUAUUCGCACUUUCUGUUUCCGUCUGUGCAACCAAUGAUCGUACAGGUAUUAGCGUUAAGAUAGAUAACUGCUUUAAACAGUUUGUUCCUACACAUCCUUUGAUGCUGAAAUUCGGGUUGCAGACGUAUCUAAAGUUCGUUCAGGGUCAUUUUGGACCCUCAUCUUCUACGAUACGCACCGUAUGCUACCACCAGGUUGCUCACUUUCCGCCUAGUGCGCCAACAGCAUUGCAGUUGGAGAUA